AUGACUACGGCAACUAAACCCUCAGUGAACUACGGCCUGUAUCUGGUCACAGACUCAACACCAGAAAUUCUUGGUGAUCGCAACCUCGAACAGGUUGUCGAGGAGUCUCUUCGCGGCGGCGUCACUAUUCUGCAAUACAGAGACAAACACAGCGAACGAAGUAUCGCUGUAUACACAGCCAAGAAGCUACAUGCCAUCGCUCGCCGCUACAACGUCCCUCUUCUCAUCAAUGAUCGUGUUGAUGUUGCCGUUGAAGUAGGCUGCGAGGGUGUACACAUUGGGCAAGAUGAUAUGGCAUAUGAGGAAGCAAGAAAGCUCCUAGGCCCAGGUAAAAUUAUUGGAGUGACUGCAAGUUCAAAGGAGGAAGCCCUCAAAGCUUGCAAAGCCGGUGCUGACUAUCUCGGCAUCGGAACUGUCUAUUCCACCCAGACUAAAAAAGACACCAAAUCCAUCAUUGGCCCCUCUGGUGUCCGCGAUAUACUCUCAGCUCUUCAUAGCGCAGGCUACGGAUCUGUCCCUACCGUUUGCAUUGGCGGCAUAAACGCCAGCAACACAGCCCCUGUUCUCGCCUCGGCUGGUUCUCCCUCCAAGGCUCUCGAUGGCGUCGCUGUAGUGAGCGCCCUCAUCGCUGCCCCUGACCCGGCUGCUGCUGCGCGAGAUCUCCUUAGCAAAGUCGUCAUCGCCAAGAUUCCAGAAGUUAUUCGCGCAGUGGCGGAUAAGACGCCCCUCUCGCACAACAUGACCAACCUAGUCGUUCAGAACUUUGCCGCUAAUGUAGCUCUUUGCGUUGGAGCAAGCCCCAUCAUGGCCAACUACGCCGAAGAAGCUGCUGAUCUAGCCAAACUUGGCGGUGCCCUUGUAGUUAACAUGGGGACCGUCACCCCGGAUGGUCUCAAGAACUACCUUCAAGCCAUCAAGGCAUACAAUGAAGCUGGACGACCUAUAGUUCUCGACCCCGUUGGUGCCGGUGCCACAGUCGUUCGACGCAACGCAGUCAAAACUCUUCUUGACGCUGGUCAUUUCACUAUCAUCAAGGGUAACGAGGGCGAGAUCCAAACCAUCGCCGGUGCCACCAUCACCCAACGUGGUGUCGACUCCACUUCAUCUCUUAGUUUCGCCCAGAAAGCUUCCCUCGUACGCUCUGUCGCCCUGCACCGACGCAACGUCGUCAUCCUCACGGGGGCCGUUGAUCUCAUAAGCGAUGGAACCCGCACGUUGGCCAUCGGCAAUGGGCAUCCUUAUCUCGGCGAAGUCACAGGUACUGGAUGCACUCUCGGUACAACAGUCAGUGCCAUGGUUGCUGCAUAUGGCGCUGACCCUCUUCUUGCCGCUGUGGCAGGAACUGUUAUGUUUGGGCUGGCUGCUGAGCUUGCUGCCAAGAGACCUGAGGUUCGUGGUCCGGGGACUUUCGUGCCGGCCUUCCUCGAUGAGUUGUACGCCAUCAGAAAGUCAACUGCCAGCGGUGACCUGUUGUGGCUGAGCAUGGCUCAGGUCAAGGCAGUUGAGGUGAAUGUCGACGAUACUGCAGCCAAUUAG